AUGUAUCCUUGUGACACGUACACUCUAAGAUUCAAUAAAAAUAUAUAUUUAGCAGAAUUGUUAUUAGAGUUAACAAAAUAUGAAAAAAAAAAAGAUGGAUACAAACCAGAUUUUGAAAAUGAUGAACAUUACAACUAUUUAGAAAAUCUUAUUCUGUUAUUAUUUAAAUAUGUUUUUAAUUUAAGUAAAGAAAAUGACAUUGACUACAAAGAUUACUACCACAAUGACUAUUAUUGUACCAGCUCUUCUGAAAACUUAAGCGAAAUUUUAAUAAAUUCCAGUGAGAACGAUGGAGAAGUAUCCAACAUUUUCCCCCACAAGGAAAUGAAUGCGCAAAAAAAAACACAUAUCCGUAUUAAUGAAAAUAGAGUAGACAAAGAUAAAUUCAGAAAUGUAAUAAUGGAAGAAUGGGAUAAUAUGGAAGUAAAUUACAAAGUAGUAGAUCCAAAUGUUGAUAACAGUUUCAACACAGCUUCUAGUAUAAAUUCUAGUUUAACAUCCAAUUCAAUGUCUAACUUAAAAUUGAACUCAACUUCGAUAGCAGGUUCUCAUAAUAAGGUAGAUGAGAAUCAUCAUAGAAACGGACACAUGAAAAAUGUCAAUGAAAAUAGAGAAGCACACAAAAAACAAAAUCUGGAAGAACCAUUUCAUGAAAAUAAUAAUAAUCAUGUGUAUGAGAAUUUUUUCAAUUUUGAUUUAAAAUGUAACAAAAAUACACAAACAUUAAAGGAAAAGAAAAAAGUAGAAAAGCAAAUAUUGAAUAUCUACUAUAAGUCUUUUUUAUCCACUAUUAUUGAUAUGCUUUUAAAUAAUUCCAGUGUGGAAAUUUCAGAUAUUAUUUUAUUCUUCAUUUUUGAUAACGUUGGAAAUAUUGACCAUAUUAGUUCCUUUUUUUCCAAAGGCUAUUACACCUUUGAGCUAAUAAAUACCUAUAUUCAACAGUACAAAUAUAGUAAUGACAAAACAGUUUUAAAUAAAGUCACAUAUAAACACACACACGCAGACAAUUCAACCCUUUUUGAAAAAUGUUCUAAAAAAAAUUGUGUUAAAAGUCUUUGCACGAUAGGACAAGGUAAUGAAGAGAAUACACAAAAUGAAGAAGAAAAUUUUGAGAAAAUACAAAAUAGAAAGGAAUUUUUCCCCCACAAGGAGGCCCAAAACAAUUCAGUAGGAAGCACAUUUCUGCAUGAGCAAAUGUUACAACAGAAAAGUGAAGAAUACCAUGUUGUCAAUACUGAUGCUGAAAAAUUGGGAAAUAAUAUCACCACGAACAACACAAGCUGGAAGCAUGAAGGGGAAAGUAUUUCCAUUUAUAUAGACGAAAUAUUACAAAAAAAAAAAAAAAAUGCAAACACUACACCCGUAGCAGGUAAUGAACAUUGGGACAUUUCUAAACUAAAAAACGUUCACAUUAAAGAUGACACACUAAUUGUUGAAAAUUUUUAUUUCAAGUUAAACAAAUCUUCUGUUCUGCUCAAUAAAUUUAUCAGUGUAUUAAAUAUACAUUUAGAAAAACAAAAACAUUUCAAAUUUUGCACUGAUAUAUUUUUUAUAAAAAAUUUAAGGCUAAGUUUUUUGGAAGCGUCUAAACCUUGGAUUUUCUAUUGGUGUAUUCACAGCAUUUACAUUUUAUAUAAUGACAUAGAAAUUGAGCAGAAAUUAGGCAAAACCACUUUUACUUAUAUAAAAAAUUGUGUCUUCCUCUAUUUAAACAAAAUUAAAAAUGAAGAUGGUGCUUUUGGAGGUGGACUAAAUCAGUAUACGCACAUAGCAACUACCUAUGCUACUGUAUGCGUAUUCAUAUACUUACACGAUGAAGAAAACAAUUUUCUAAGUUUUCUGGAUAAAAAAAAAUUGCAUUCUUAUAUCCUUAAAUUAAAAUGCAAAGAUGGCUCAUUUAGGCUACAUAAAAAUGGAGAAAUAGAUAUGAGGGGAACGUACUGUGCCAUAUCAAUAUGUUCCAUGUGUCAUAUACUAACUAAUCAAGUAAAAAAGAAUGUGGAAAAAUAUAUUUUAUCUUGUCAAAAUUAUGAAGGAGGAUUUACGAGUGAAAAAUUCCAAGAAAGUCAUGGAGGUUAUACAUAUUGUGCAUUAGCUACUUUGUGUAUACUAGGAAAAAUUAAAAAAGUAAACAUAAAUAACUUAAUGCAAUGGUUACUUAAUAAACAAGGGAAUUUAGAAGGUGCAUUUAUGGGAAGAACAAACAAGUUGGUGGAUGCUUGCUAUUCAUUCUGGAUUGGAUCCAUUUUCUUUUUAAUAAAUGAGAUAUAUAUCUUAAAAGAAUUCUUACAGCAAAGCAAAAUCGAAGAUAAAAAUAAACACGUUCUCGGAAGUGAUAAAAUUGAGAAUAAUACUGGUUAUCAUAACCCUAAUGACCUAAACAAUUCUGAAAAAUGGAAUGUAAAAAAAAGCGAAUGUAAGGUAAAGAAUGUACACCAUUUUAUAGACUUAAUGGAUAAACAUGAAACGUGCAACAUUCAUAACAAAAAUGCAUAUACUAAGAACCAUGAUAACAUAUAUUAUUCUGAUGCAAAUGAAUCCCUUCUUCAUUCAAGCGAACAUAAAAUGACUCUCAAAUCUGACAAUUUUAACUAUAACAACCAAUCAAUCACAACACAAACGCACACAGAACAAAUCAAAUUUGAAAAUUAUAAACAUAAGCAUAUUGAAAAAAAAGUAAUGUUUAAUAUGAAUUAUCUAAAACUUUAUUUACUUGUUUGUUCUCAAGGAAAUAAGGGUGGAAUGAAAGACAAACCAAUGGAAAAAGUUGACUAUUAUCACACGUGUUAUGCUUUAAGUGGAUUGUCAUUAAUACAAAAUUACAUGUCAUCACAUGUGCCCGAUGCUGAUGAGAUAAGCAUGCAGGACAAUAUGAAUCAGUUGAACAAAAUACAUAUUUUAUAUAAUGUAACUCUUUCAAAAGUUUAUAAAUGCUACACUUACUUUUCUCCCGAUUUUCCAUUAAAUAAAAAUAAGGUUAAUUAUAGAGUUGGCAAAGGUGCUUAUUUAUAUUUGAAAAGACUCUUUUGUUGA